AUGCAUCGCCCGCUCCAAGUUGAAUGCCUGAAUCUAGUUGUCUUGGGGGAUCAGACGAACAAUGUGUCCGCGUUGCUCAAGGAACUAUUGCUUAGCGCGCCCUGUAGUGUCGCCCAGAGUGAGUUUAUUCGCGACGCAAGCGAGGCGUUGCGAGCGCAGUCAGAACGACUUCGACCCUUCCAACGAGAACACCUCCCUGGCUUCCAAAGCAUCCAUGAUUUAGCCAGGAUCUACGAGAAGAGCAAGGGAGAGUUCACCAAUCCAUACUUUGAGGGGCGAGGUGGUCGCUCAGAGAAUAACGAGCACAUCGCAGUAGUCGGGUUGUGUACCGGAUCGCUUGUUGCAGCGGCCUACGCUACAUCAGCCUCACUGGAUGACCUGAGGCUCUUAGCAGUGCCGACGGUCUCGAUGGCGUUCCAAAUGGGGCUGCAAGCAGCGACGGCAAGCAGCAUGCUACAUGAGCAGGGGAACCCUUUAGGCAGCUGGUCCAUCGCCAUCCCUAAAAUGACCGAAGACGAGGCACUGUCAGCUCUGAAAAGAUACGACGCUGGAGGGCAUCUAUCACUCCGCCACCGCUGUUUUGUGAGCGCGGUUGGGCUCAAGAGUGUAACCAUCAGCGGUUCGCCCCCGGCUUUAGGUCGCUUCGCAGAGAGCUUAACGGCGUCACAGCCGUCCAGGAAGAUCGUCUGGCUGCCGAUUUUCGCGGGAUACCACGCCUCCCAUAUACAUACGGUACUGGACUUUCCUAGCUUCUUGUCGCGAUGCGGCAUCGACGCCGAUCUUUUAUGCAGCUUCAAGUCAAUCAAGACACUUCUCUCCCCACUGACGGGUGAGCCGGUGGACUCCAAUAGCGCUUUGGAUCUGUUCAAAACAGUCGUCCAUCACACGCUGCAGGCACCCCUACGGCUAGAUUUAAUUGUCGACCGUUGCGCAUCUCUGAUCCGGGAAAACACAAUAGCAUCCGUCAGAAUUGAUGCUGUCGGUCCAACUCCUGUGGCGGACAGUCUGGCAGCAGCGCUGCGUACUCGCACAUCGGCGAGUGUUUCCACGCGGGAGUUAGUUGUAUUAGAACCUGGCGUCGACCAGUAUAAACCGUCUGCCGCCUUCGGUCAGGCUCCCUUGGCCAUUGUGGGCAUGUCAGGCCGGUUUCCAGGUGCCGAGAGCGCUGAAGCUCUCUGGAGCGUGCUGGAAUCGGGUCUGGAUCUACACCGAGUGAUUCCAAAGGAUCGGUUUGACGUCGAAAAACAUGUCGACCCUACCGGAAAAGCGAAGAACACCAGCUGGACUCCAUACGGCUGCUUCAUCGAUCGACCGGGAGAUUUCGAUCCGAGAUUCUUCAACAUGUCGCCACGCGAAGCUCUUCAGACGGAUCCGAUGCAGCGUUUGGCCCUUGUUACUGCUUACGAGGCCCUGGAAAUGUCUGGGUUUGUCCCUGACCGUACCCGUUCUACGGCUCUCAGCCGCGUUGGGACGUUUUACGGCCAAACAAGCGACGAUUACAGAGAUGUGAAUGCAGCCCAAGACAUUGGAACAUAUUUCAUCACGGGUGGAAUACGUGCUUUUGGCCCGGGCCGAAUCAAUUAUUUCUUUAAAUUCGGUGGCCCGAGCUAUAGCAUCGACACGGCCUGCUCAUCGAGCCUUGCUGCCAUCCAGCUCGCUUGCACAGCGUUGCGGAAUGGUGAAUGCGAUACUGUUGUCGCAGGGGGCCUCAGUGUGCUCACCUCGCCCGACUUGUUUUCUGGACUAAGCCGUGGCCAGUUCCUCUCUAAGACAGGUUCAUGCAAGACAUUCGACGACGGAGCCGAUGGGUACUGCCGCGGCGACGGCGUCGGCAGCAUAGUGAUAAAGAGGCUGACUGACGCAGAAUUAGAUCGGGAUAACGUCCUGGCAGUCAUCUUGGGGGCGGGGACAAAUCACUCAGCGAAUGCGAUCAGCAUCACGCACCCUCAUGCGGAAACGCAGUCCAAUUUAUACCGCCAGGUCCUCGGGCAGUCAGGCGUUGAUCCAUUAGACGUCGGAUAUGUCGAAAUGCACGGAACAGGCACGCAAGCUGGAGAUGGUACAGAGAUGCGCUCAGUUAUGGAGGUUUUUGGAUCCGAGCGCCCAAGUCGAGCUGAGGACAAUCCUCUGUAUGUCGGGGCAGUCAAGGCAAAUAUUGGACAUGGUGAAGCUUCGUCCGGUGUGGCAUCCUUGAUCAAAGCCAUUCUGAUCUUCAAAAACUCUGCUAUCCCUCCUCAUAUUGGUGUCAAGAACGCGAUCAACCGCGGAUUCCCUGAUCUAAGCGCGCGAAAUGUUCGAAUUCCGUUGAAGAUGACGCCAUUCCAGAGUAAACCGGGGAAGAAGAGAAACAUUCUUGUAAACAAUUUUAGCGCAGCUGGCGGCAACACGGCCCUCUUGAUCCAAGAGGCGCCCACUCCAGUUGUCCAGCAGGGCAUCGAACCUCGGCCACUCCAUCCGGUCACGGUCUCAGGGCACACGAAAGCAGCGCUGUCGAAUAAUCUAGACAAACUCAUUGCAUAUCUGUCUGCAAACCCGAACACGUCGCCCGUGGACCUAUCCUACACGACUACUGCCCGUCGCAGGCAUCACAGUUUCCGGGUUAGUGUCGCGGAGAGCUCCACCGAAAAAUUGCGAAUUGCUUUAGAGCAGAAGAAACACUCGGUCAUAUCCAGCCUCAGCACAUCACCGGUUCCAAGGCCGGUUGUUUUCGUUUUCACUGGGCAAGGUGCCGCAUACCCGGCCCUGGCUCGUGAGUUAUACACGAUGUCGUCUCAGUUCAGGGCAGAUAUCGACCAUUUCGAUGGCAUUGCUCGCCAGCAAGGAUUCCCUUCCUUUCUACCCAUUGUUGAUUGCACCGCGGUUGAACUAAACUUGCUUUCUCCCAUACAGACACAAAUCGGUCUGGUGUGCAUCCAAGUAGCCUUGGCUCGUCUGUGGAAUUCUCUGGGUAUCAAACCAGACGCAGUAGUGGGCCAUAGCUUGGGAGAAUAUGCCGCCCUUCAAGUUAGCGGAGUGCUAUCCAUAAGUGAUGCUAUCUACCUAGUGGGAUACAGAGCUCGCCUGCUGGAGAGCAGGUGUAAGAUGCAUUCCCAUGCCAUGCUUGCAGUGGGAGACUCGACUUCCGUUCUGCAAGCCGUUCCGGCCGAAGUUACCGCACGAGUGGAAAUCGCCUGUGUCAAUAGCCCUCGUGAAACUGUCUUCUCGGGCGAAAAGGCCGCCAUCGAUGAGUUAGAGGCACACUUGACUGCGAAGAAUAUCCGGUCAACCAAGCUGCAAGUGCCCUACGCCUUUCAUUCCGCACAAGUUGAUCCAAUUUUGCAUGACCUUGAAGAGGUUGCAAAAGUUGUAAAUAUGGGAACACCACACUGUCCCUUCAUUAGCUCUCUAAAAGGCCGGGUUUUGGGUCCUGGGGAAAAAAUCGAUCCUCAGUACCUGCGACAGCACUGUCGCCAAGCGGUCCAAUUUUCAAGUGCGAUGAGCAAUGCCAGAGCAGUUGAGCUCGUUCAAGAGACAACCAUUUUCAUUGAGAUUGGUCCUCAUCCAAUCUGCUCGGGAAUGGAGAAUCCAUGGAAAGUUAUCGUUGGAAGCCUCACUUCACUCCAUGAUAUGGGGUUCAGCAUUAACUGGUCCGAGUACCAUCGGGAUAUCGAAGGGGCUUGUCGCCUGCUGACCCUCCCGGCUUAUUCCUUCGAAAACAAGAACUACUGGAUUGAAUACCGAAAUGAUUGGACGCUGCGCAAAGGCGACCCGUGGCUGUCUGUCAGAAACGGCGACGAAGACAAGCCAGUGCUGAAGUUGUCAAGCUCUGUUCAUCGCGUUGUAGAAGAGAACUACAAAGGAGCAAACGCGAUCGCCGUGUUUGAAACGGAUCUGUCAAGCCCAGAAAUCCACGCCGCCAUCAGUGGCCAUCGCGUUAAUGGCUCGGCUCUUUGCCCUUCUUCCAUGUACGCUGAUGUGGCUUUGACCGUUGCUCGGCACAUACAACAGAAGCCGGAAUCUGGAUUCUCCUCGUCCGGGCACAAUAUCACUGCGAUGGAAGUUCAACAGCCGCUGAUCGUCAAAUCCUCAAGAGAAGAAGAAACAAGGGUAUUGCGCGUAUAUGCGCGUGUCGAUCGACAUUCACAAACCAUCAAAGUUGAGUACUUCUCAGCCACUCCUGGCCAAAAAGCGGAAACAAAAACGAAACACGCUACCUGCUGCAUCGAAUCUGGCUCGCCUGAGAAGUGGCUGCGGCGUUGGUCACACGAUCUGUAUCUGAUCCAAGCCCGCAUUGCCGCAUUACAGAAGCUCACGGACUCUGGAGAGGUCAGCAAGAUCACGAGUCGCUUGGCUUAUCGACUUUUUGCGAGUUUGGUGGACUAUGCGCCACAUUACCAGCGGAUGGACCAGGUCCUGCUUGCGAGCAGUUUGUUCGAGGCCACAGCAACAGUAAAGCUAGAUGAUCGUGGCGACGAUGCGACUUUCGUCUAUAGCCCCUAUUGGAUUGACGCUUUGCUGCAUCUCUCCGGCUUCGUCAUGAAUGGAAAUGACACUCUUAACUACAAUGAAGCGGUCUAUAUCUCGCAUGGGUGGGAGAGUCUGCGAUUUGCCAAGCCUUUGAAUCCGAAAGGCCAUUACCAGGCAUAUGUGAGGAUGCUUCCCAGGAAUAAAACGAUGGUUGGAGGAAAUGUGUGGAUUCUAUGCGAUGGAGAAGUCGUUGGUCUGGCAGAAGAUCUCCGUUUCCAGCGAGUUCCCCGCACAGUCCUAGAUAAGCUUCUACCUCCAGUUGGCGUCAAAUGGACACCAGAGAGGCAAUUGCCCAAAGCUUCUCCCCAGAAGCCUCUACCAAAGAGAUCAGUCCCCUCGUCAGAGACUCAGUUGGCCACCAGAUCCUCGCGACCAGGUACUUGCCUCGAUAUCAUAUCUGCCGAGCUCGGACUAGAAACGUCAGACAUUUCUCCGCAUGAUCGACUAUCUGAUUUGGGGAUUGAUUCGUUGAUGUCGCUGACCUUGGCCAGCAACCUUGCCGAACAAUUUGGCAUUACGAUUUCCCACAGCGAAUUGAUGGACUGCCCUACAAUUAGUGAGCUCCUGGCCAUGCUGGACCAGAAGCAGGGUGGAACCACCAGUCCCCUGACCAACUCUUCCGUGGAGAAGGGCCAAGACAGUGGCAGCUCUUAUCAGGCUUCAGAUUCUUCGCAGUCGUCCGCGAUGGUGGAGACUUUCACUCCUGAUAGUAUCAUUUCAGAUACUGCAGAGCUAGUCAGGUCCAUCAUUGCGGAUGAAACCGGCAUCCCCGCGGAGGAUCUUGAAUCCUCUGCAGAUCUAAGCGCACUUGGGGUCGAUUCCUUGAUGAGCCUUGCAGUCCUUGCAAGACUCGGAGAGGUAGGGGUUGAGCUGCCAACGAACUUCUUUCUAGAGAACAAUACAAUGAAUGAAGUGGUCAGAGCUCUACCCAGGGUAUCGGGGUUUGCAACCCCGCAGUUGCAGGGCAUUGAGAAAGUCGAAAAAGGAGACCAGAAACUGCACGCCACUAAUUACAGCCAGACGGAUGUCAGCUUCCGGGCCAGGGUUGUCCUCCUUCAGAAGCGCUCCAAUCCCACGAGUACUGGCAACUUCUUUCUCUUUCCAGACGGCUCGGGGUCCCCAUUCUCGUAUGCGGCAUUGGAGCCCAUCAGCCCAGAUUUUGACGUGUACGGACUCGUUUGCCCCUUUAUCGACUCCCCCGAUGACUAUACUGGCAGCAUUGAAGCAACAGUGAAAAUCUAUCUCUCGGCCAUCAGAGACCAACAACCUCAUGGGCCAUACCAUUUCGGAGGGUGGUCUGUCGGUGGCGUCUUGGCAUAUGAAGCAUCAAGGCAGUUGAUCGAGACCAGGCAGAAGGUUCAGUCACUGAUCCUGAUUGAUGCCCCUUGCCCGGCCGUCCUUCCUCCGAUGAGUUCAUCUCUGAUCGAUUACUUGGCCUCAAAAGGAGUCUUCGGCCAAUCCCAUGGUACCUCUGCGCCCAAAGCUGGAGAGAAGCGGCAAAGUAUCCUGAAGCACUUCGAUGUUACGGUUGCCAGCCUGGCAUUGUACAAGCCGAGGCCAAUUAUUUCACUCACAGACGCGCCAGAAACUUUAAUCAUUUGGGCCCGGGAGGGUGUCAAUGGUGAUCACAACGUUUCGCAGUCGUCAAAUCCAACGGAAUCCUGGAUAUUGGAUAAUAGAAGUGAUUUCGGCCCUCUCGGUUGGGAGACUGUACUACCAGUGCAGCGCAUUUCCACGAUUCCUGUUUCUGGAAACCAUUUCACAAUGAUGGCUGGUCAGAAUGCGGUGGCCGUGUCCAGCCAUUUACAGACCUAUUUCGCGGGCUUCGCAUAG